AUGGGUGAUGAGUUUGACGAUCUCGACGAUUUCGACGACAUUCCCGAUGAGGAUCUCAUCCUCGCUCUCACUCAGGCCACUGGCGCAGUUGUAUCCCAUGGGGCGGGCAAUUCCCGCAGCGUGGCCAAUGGCGGCCCCCGCGCGCAACCACCCUCGAGAAUCGCCGGUUCGUCAAUAGCCCCGCCCGCACACACCCAUCACAACGAGCCCUCAAGAAUUUCGAAGACCUCGGGUGCAAGUACAGCCCGGCCAGCCACCACUUCAACGGAUGAGGCUUAUGAUGAUUUCCCAUCGGAUUUGUUCGAUAGCUCGCCUGAGAGAGUAAACCACGCUCCGCCUCGGAGCCUUUACCCACCACAUCGAUUAGCCCGACCGUCGACCCAGGCCCAAAAUCUUCGGCAGACUACUUUAUGGGGCGGCACUCUUCAUGAAAGCCGUUCCUCGGGGUCACAGACGGUUAAUAGCCGUCCUUUUCGUGGCGACCUCCCUCCAGAAGCUCCAACACACCAUGAGCUUCAGAACGAAGAGCUGUCCACUUGGGUGUACCCCCUGAACCUCGGGGCAAUUCGAGACUACCAGUUUAGCAUUGUCAAAAGUGGACUCUUCAACAAUACUCUAGUGGCCCUUCCCACCGGCCUAGGCAAGACCUUUAUUGCUGCCACCAUCAUGCUCAACUACUUCCGUUGGACCAAGCGAGCCAAGAUUGUCUUCGUGGCACCCACAAAACCACUCGCAUCUCAACAGGUCCAAGCUUGCCUCAACAUUGCAGGCAUCCCCCGAUCACACGCGACACUUUUGACCGGAGAGACUCCUCCGGUGUUACGACAGGGGGAGUGGGAGAACAAGCGGUUGUUCUUCAUGACCCCGCAGACGUUGAUGAACGACCUCUCUAAGGGCUAUGCCGACCCCAAGUCUAUCGUCCUUCUUGUUAUUGACGAAGCCCAUCGUGCGACCGGAGACUAUGCCUACGUCAAAGUCGUCGAGUUCAUCCGACGUUUCUCCAAAAGCAUUAGAAUUCUGGCCCUGACCGCGACGCCUGGGUCGACGGUGGAAGGUGUCCAGGACAUCAUCGACAACCUCGGGAUAUCUAACGUAGAGAUCAGGACGGAGGAAUCAAUUGAUAUUCGCCCAUAUGUCCAUUCACGGAACAUCGACACGAUCACUUUUGACCCUUCGGAUCAGAUGCUUGAAGUGAAGGAUCUCUUUUCGAAGGCCCUCAAACCGCUAGUGGAUAAGCUGAGCUCGCAGAACAUCUACUUUGGCAGAGACCCCAUGAGUCUUACCACAUACGGGCUGCUCAAGUCGAGGAAUGAGUGGAUGGCCGGGCCUGGUAGGCAUGCAAACCAAGGCGUCAAAUUCAUGACGAUUGCCGUGUUUGGCAUUCUCCAGAGCCUAGCACACUCAAUCAAGCUGCUCAAUUUCCAUGGAAUCAAACCAUUUUACAAUAACCUCGCCGAGUUUCGGAGCACUGAGGAGGGCAAAGCCGGGCCGGGCUCGAAACUCAAGAGGCAGGUGCUCGCGGAUAAGAGUUUUCAGGACAUGAUGGUCCAAAUCGAAAAAUGGAUGAGAUCGGAAGAAUUCAACGGGCACCCAAAACUGUCGUAUCUAUGUGAGACGCUCGUUAACCAUUUCAUCGAUGCCGGCGAAGGCUCAAGCACUCGAGCGAUUGUGUUCAGUGAAUAUCGCGACAGCGCGGAAGAGAUUGUUCGACUGUUGAAUAACCAACCUCUUGUUCGCGCUACUGUGUUUGUUGGGCAAGCGGAUUCGAAGAGGAGCGAAGGGAUGAAGCAGAAACAACAGAUCGAAACUAUCGAGAAGUUUAAGAACGGAGCCUUCAACGUGCUCGUAGCCACUUCUAUCGGCGAAGAAGGCCUCGACAUUGGCCAAGUUGAUCUCAUUGUCUGCUACGAUGCAUCAUCAUCACCUAUCCGGAUGUUGCAGCGGAUGGGCCGCACUGGCAGGAAACGGGCCGGAAAUAUUGUGUUGUUGCUAAUGAAAGGCAAAGAGGAGGAUAAGUUUCUGGAGGCAAAGGACAACUAUCAGAAGAUGCAGCAACUCAUAUGUGAUGGGGACGGCUUCACCUUUCGCCACGAUCUCUCCACAAGGAUCCUGCCUCGGGAUAUCAAACCCGAAGUCGACAAGCGUCACGUCGAUAUACCCAUCGAGAACUCUCAAAAUCAAUCCCUCCCGGAACCCAAAAAGACGGCGGCGGCGGGACUACGGAAGAAGCCGGCUAAAAAGAAGUUCAAUAUGCCCGAUGGCGUCGAAACGGGGUUCACCAAGGCUUCGUUCUUCGGUCGAGCCGUUGAGCGGACCCCUAGUGUUUUCCAACCACCCCCGGAAACAGACUUCCUAGCCGAUGUUCCCGAGUUGGACAAAGUGAUGUUGAACGUAUCUGACACCAAACAGUUUGAGAGGUUGUACAAAAGCCUCCCAAGAGACCCGUUCGGCAAAAUUCAGGAACUCGGGUUUGACGACCUCGACUUUGGCGCGCACAUUUCUGCACAACGGACCCUCCGCCGAACCGCCAAUGUGAAACAUGGCCAAUAUACUAAAAGAUGCGUGAGGUUAUUCAAAGCCCUUGCGGAAUACUCGAACCCUAUGGAGUUUUACAUCCCCCCACGCAGCGAUACCAACACGACCUCCUGGCAACAAAUACCAGUCAAACCCUUUGCAGACGAGAGCCCUAGUCAAACUGUUCGUCCCAGUUUCGAUAUGACCAAGCCAACGUCUGUGAAGCGAUCUGCGAAUGGCACCACCCGCAAGUCACCGCCGCUGGUAGAAAGGGACAACACAGUCAGAGGGAAGCGCAAGCCAUGCCCACUAUAUGUCAGCGAGUGUGAGGAGACAGACAACGACGGAGAGGAGGAUGAAGACGAAAAUACCGUGACUGAGGUGAUAUUGAGCAAAAACGGCCGGGGCGGUCUCCGGCGAAUCGGUGAUCACCUGGAGGAUUUCGGGGACGACUGCACCCGGACUAGCGACAUGGAAGACACGGACGGUUCCGACAGUGGUGCUGACCUCGAAGGCUUUGUCGUGGGAGACAACGUGUUCACAUCCAGCCUGCCACACCCAACUACAGAGCCCACAAGCACCGACGAUUCUGCCCUCGUUUUACAACAUCGGGGUGCUGCGAACCGAGGUGCCGCUAGCGAAAGGCCGUUUUAUGAACCGAUGGAAUUCGGCCCGACUCAGGACUCGGACGACGAGAUGCCCGACCUGUCCGGGCUUGCGGCGAGUGCAAGGAAGGCAAACUGGCCACCAAUAGCUAAAAUAAAUUUCCGGGCCGAAGAAGAGGAUGGUAGUGACGGUUCAAGCCAGCUAUCCCCACGGAGGCCAAUGGCAAAGAGGAGGAGGCGGGUGUUGGUUGACAGUGAUGACGAUGAUGAGGACAGCUAA